CGCAGUGGUAGCCUCGGCGCGAAAGCAUGGCGUCCAACGGCAGCUCCAGACAACCUUCACAUCCCUCCAGACGAGAUACGCAGUCUAGCUCUUCGACAAACUCGGGCGUUGGAAGUUCACGCAGCGAAAGAACAAGCCGGACUCAAGCCAGCCCAGCGAUAGAAUCCGCCGUGACCCGCUUGCUCGUAUCUAUCAAGGCUUUACUCGAGACUCUGACGCUCUGGGCGACGCUGAAGAAGACGGAGCAGGAUGUCAGCGACGUGUACGUGCGGCUGGGGAAUGAUUUUAAUGCGGCGGUCGCUGCUUUCGCAUCGUACAACAUUGACAUGACGGAGCUUGCAUUGGUCCCGGAUGAACUUCGACACGUUCUCGAAUUAUGCCUCUCCGAGGAAGCCAAUCAACAAACCCUAGACCAGUACUUGCCCGAUGUGCGGAAGAUCAUCACCAGAUUGCUGCAGGGUCUUCGGAGUAAACAGUCUAUAUACCGACAAGUAGUCUCAGACAGCAGGCAGCGUUCGUCAACUGUCUCGGACGGAGCAUCCUCCAGCCGCCCGGAAAGCAGAGCGUCGCGUACGUCGCGGAGAGACACUGCUGCGUCCACCAGAUCCUCGACUCGGGACGCCGUUCAGUCGUCGGAAAGCUUGUCUCGGAGGAGUGCUACUUCACAGCGCAGACAAGGCUCUUCCAGUGGCGCGCCUCAGCCACCGGCUGCACCGCUAGAGCAAGGGGAUGCAUUCGUCGGUGGCUUCGCUAUGGCAGCGCCUCCACCAGAUCCGGCGAGAAUACCUCAGCCCCCACGCAGGCAAGAGCUGGCGGAUUCUACGGCGCGUCCACCGUCUAGGUCUUCGUCCGCGAUGGCUGCAGAGGCGCGGUCUUCCACUCAGCCAGAAGCACCCCCGGUUCCGCGACCACCGUCGUCCGUGUCACAGGUGCCUAGUCAUGUCAAGCGAUACUCUCUCGUAGAUCGGCCUGUUUCCUCCCCUACCCCUCCACCGACUGCCCCAACACCACCGCCUCCCCCCACACCGCCGCCCGCUUUUAUCGAAGAGCAACCUGCGCCUAAUGGCAUUCCUACAGUAUCUAUCGCGCAGGAAUCUCCCACACUUCCGCUUCCUCCGCCGUUCCUCGAUUCGCCUCCUCCAGACGCCCCUGCAGUUCAGAGCUCGUUGGCAGCUCUCAAGCAAAGCGAUGCCUUGGAACGGCGGGCGUCGAAGCGUUUCUCAUCGUACAACAUCACAAAGAUGACUGGCAACUCGUUCAGAGCCGCUGUUGCGAACAGGCGAUCUAUGGCCGUGUCAUCGGCAUUAACACCCGGAGACUUGUCUGUUCUGACCGAAGAGAGCGAGGAUGAGAUGUCCACGCCUAAACGACGGGAUCGUAGCAAGACUUCGCAGCGUUCGCGGAAUCCGUCUCCUAUUGCCGAAGACGAGGAGGAGCCGAUCCCUCCCGUCCCGCAAGCACCGUCCAGCUCGCGUGGUCCGUCACCGAAGCCCAGUAUCAAGUCUGAUAUAGGAAAGGAUUUGCCACCGCGUCCGAGGGACGAGUCUCAUUCGCCCUCAGCUGGGCCUCUUACUCCACAGACCUCAUUCGCUGUGUUUCUGCAAGUGGGGCGGGAAGUUAAAAAGGUUACAAUCGAGCGAGGCUUGACCUUCGCAAGUUUGCGCGUCCUAUUCGUGGACAAGUUCUCGUAUAAUCCAGGGCAAGGGAACUUUCCCGCGAUCUAUAUUCGGGAUCCCGCAAGCGGUGUACAGUAUGAGCUGGAGGACAUGGACGAGGUCAAGGAGAAGUGUCUACUCUCCUUGAAUAUCGAACCGCUCGACCAGAUCAAACAGCAUAUCGACAUCCAAAUCUCAUCGCUCUCACAGGAAAUCAAAGACUUGCGCACUUCUGUUUCACAAACAAGGCGAAAUUCAGUGACAGCUACUCCGAUGAUCGUUGGCCAGCCUCUCGGGGAAAGCACUCCUCAGCUACCACGACCUUCCGAUCGUCAGUUGCGGAACGUUGCCAGGCGUCUAUCGCGCGUCAUGCCACUAAACGAAGAGGAAACUACCCCAACAGGGACCCCAGAGCCUAUCGUCCCUCAAAUGACCGGCAUGUCUUUGUACCCACAGAUGACUGGAGCAUCUGUCAUGUCGGAGUACUCAGCGCGGAUUGCCACCGACCUCAAGACUCAGUUCGAUGAAGUCCAGAACCUCAGACGCGACCUUGGUAUCAUGCGGCAGCUCUACACAGAGUUCAUGAAGAACACGAAAGAGUCAUUGACGUCUCUUCGUUCUCAGACGCAGAACGUACGGCAGCUUGCGAACGCCAAGGUCGGGGGUGCGCGCGCAUAUAUUGACGACGGGAAGACGAAACUCGACAGCCGUAGUCAGAAUGCUCUGACGAAGAUAGAGGAGCUGCAAGACACUGUCGAAGCCAUCAAGGACGACGUCCUGAAGCGGAACAUUUCUCCCCGGCCGCAGGUUCUCAAGAAGAUCAAGGACGACGUCGACGCCGUCGCGGCGGAGCUGCAGAACCUCAAAGACCAUAUACAUACGAUCAAGCCGAUGUGGAAGAAGACCUGGGAAGAAGAGCUCCAGAACAUCGUCGAGGAGCAGCAAUUUCUUACACACCAGGAAGAGUUUCUCAGCGACUUACUCGAGGACCAUAAAGCCGUCAUCGAGGUGUACGGACAUGUCGAGAAAGUCAUUUCCUUGCGCGGCACCGGGUCCGCCAAAUCCAAGGGCCGUACAUUCCGCCCGCCACCGCCCGAGGAGGGGCAGAACGGGCUCGAGACAGUUAUGCUCGAGAUUCGCGGGAACACGGCGGACGCGCAGCGGCGCCUGAAAGCGAUUGCCGCGACGGAGAAGCAGCGCGAGAAGGAUCUCAAGAAUCGCCCCGACGAGUUCCAGUCCGAGCUCACGGGCUUCGUUCGGGGGAAGAGGCUCAAGAUGACCGGCGGCGCGGAGGAGAUCGAGCGCGUCCGACAGAAGCGAAACGAUAUGACCCUCAAGGCGAUGUUUACCGGCGGUGGGUCGGGCCCUGCGUCGGUCACGAGCACCGCUACAUCUAGUCCUGCUACGUCGAUCAGCCCGUUGGGAGCGUCUUCGCCCACGCUAUCCGCGGAAGGGGAUCUUACUCCGUAACGCGAAGCUCCGCAAAGGGGAAGACUAGUUGUCGUGGUUGUGUUGAUUCUCCUAGGAUAUCGGACAUUACGUCCACGUUGUCUACUCAGUAGUUCAGGUCAAGAUCCAUCAAGAGUUGUGCCCCCGUGUAAUGUGCUGUCUAAUUGUUGUUAUGGGUUUGGACUCUGUCGUUUAUAUGACUUAAUCCCUGUUCGUUUCUUCACGUGAGCUCGCAGGUAUUCCGCUGACUCUCUUCCGUUAGCAUAAGUGGCAAGCGUUCGGGGUGCUAACCUUAA